ACAGCGUAUUGACAAAAAACCUGAGCAGGACCCCAUCUAGUUGCAGCAGCUCUCUGGAUUCAGUCAAGGCUGAUGGGACCUGUCUGGACUUCAGCACUUACCGCAGUAGUCAAAUGGAAUCACAGUUUCUCAGAGAUACUAUUUGUGAAGAGAGCUUGAGGGAGAAACUCCAAGAUGGGAGAAUAACAAUAAGGGAGUUCUUUAUACUUCUCCAGGUCCACAUCUUGAUACAGAAACCCCGACAGAGCAAUCUCCCAGGCAAUUUUACUAUAAACACACCACCUACUCCAGAAGACCUGAUGUUAAGUCAAUAUGUUUACCGACCCAAGAUACAGAUUUAUAGAGAAGAUUGUGAGGCUCGUCGCCAAAAGAUUGAAGAAUUAAAGCUUUCUGCAUUGAACCAAGAUAAACUGUUGGCUGAUAUAAAUAAGAACCUGUGGGAAAAAAUGAGACACUGCUCUGACGACGAGCUGAAGGCCUUUGGAAUUUACCUUAACAAAAUAAAAUCACGUUUUACCAAGAUGACUAAAGUCUUCACUCACCAAGGAAAAGUGGCUCUGUAUGGCAAGCUGGUGCAGUCAGCUCAGAAUGAGAGGGAGAAACUUCAAAUAAAGAUAGAUGAGAUGGAUAAAAUACUUAAGAAGAUCGAUAACUGCCUUAGUGAGAUGGAAACAGAAACUAAGAAUUUGGAGGAUGAAGAGAAAGACAAUCCUGUGGACAAAUGGGAUUCUGAAAUGAGCGCUGCAGAGAAAGAAUUGGAACAGCUGAAAACUGAAGAAGAGGAGCUUCAAAGAAAUCUCUUAGAACUGGAGGUGCAAAAAGAGCAGACCCUUGCUCAAAUAGACUUUAUGCAAAAACAAAGAAAUAAAACUGAAGAACUGCUGGAUCAGUUGAGCUUGUCUGAGUGGGAUGUCGUUGAGUGGAGUGAUGAUCAAGCUGUAUUCACCUUUGUUUAUGACACAGUACAACUCACCAUCACCUUUGAAGAGUCAGUUGUUGGUCUCCCUUUCCUGGACAAGCGUUAUAGGAAGAUUGUUGAUGUGAAUUUUCAAUCUCUGUUAGACGAGGAUCAAGCUCCUCCUUCCUCCCUUUUAGUUCAUAAGCUUAUUUUCCAGUACGUUGAGGAAAAGGAAUCCUGGAAGAAGACAUGUAGAACCCAGCAUGAGGUACCCAAGAUGCUUGAAGAAUUCUCACUGGUAGUGCACCAUUGCAGACUCCUUGGAGAGGAGAUUGAGUAUUUAAAGAGAUGGGGACCAAAUUAUAACCUAAUGAACAUAGAUGUUAAUAAUACUGAGUAAGUGUAUUAGUUCCCAAGGACUGCCAUGACAGAGUGCUACAAAUUGGGUACCUUAAACAACAGGUUCUGGAGGCUGGAAGUCUGAGAUUAAGGUGUAAGCAGUGUUGUUCUUUCUGAGGGCUGUUAGAAUCUGUCCAUGCCUUCUCCCAAUGUCUGGUGGUUUGCUGGCAAUCUUUGGCAUUCCUUGGCUUGUAAAUGCAUAACCUCCCUUCAUGUUCACAUGGUGUUCUUUCAUUGUGCAUGUCUGCUCCACAUUUCCCCUUUUUAUAAGGACACUAGUCAUAGUGGAUUAGGGGCCCACCUUACUCUAGAAGGACUUCAUCUUAACAUAUUACUU